AAUUUCCUAAGAAUAUUAUAUCCAAUUGAAUAAUAUAUCCUAUUGAAUACUGUAUCCUAUUUUUAUAUAUUGUGUCCUGAGAAUUCAUUGUCCUUAUCCUGCCAGUUCGGACCCAUCUGGAUAUCAUAAUCAUUUUCCUCAAGGAUAAUUUAAAGACAUAAAGAGGAAAUUUAGCAUAAUUUGGUGGCCUCCUAGCAAACUUCUUAUGGAUCCCCAGGGGGCCGCGGCCCCCUGCUAAGAAACACUGGCCUAGACCAUCACUGACGCGCAAUUGACUGAUUGCCCAUGGAUGUCGGCUUCUUACAGAAACACAGCUUCCCUAUCAUCAAAUGUCACGGCACGCCAUUGGUAGAUUUAUAAGUUAACUCAACCGAUAAGAAUUUACUGGUGAAGAACAAAAUGCCGGGUACUAGGUGUGCUGUGUAUGGUUGCAAUAAUAACCUUCUUGCAGUAAAAGCUAAAGGAGAAAGUGUAACGUUUCAUGUGUUUCCUAGACAAAAAGACUUAAUUUCUAAAAGAAUUAGGUCUGAAUGGAUUAAUCGUUGCAAAAGGAGCGAUAAAUUUAAUCCAGAUACAAGUAGAAUAUGUUCUGUUCAUUUUGUUCAAAGUGAUUAUGAAAGAGAUUUACAACAUGAAUUGUUGGGUUUACCAGAUAGAAAGAUUCUGAAGAAAACAGCUAUCCCCACAUUAAAUCUUCCGGAUAGAAUGAACCCAACAGUUACGGAACAAGAAAGAAAUUCAAAAAGAAAACAAAAAGAAGUUAAUGAUCUUUUGACAAAUGAUGAUAACAAUAGUAACAAUCUUCAAGAUGAAUAUCAUUACAAAAUUAAAUAUAAGAAGCUGUUAGAAGAAUAUAAUGUUUUAAAAUCACAAUAUGAAAAAUUGAAAGAAGAUCAUAAGAAAAGAAUAAAAGUAUCAAACGAUUUAUUACGAUAUUACAAAAGAAGUAUCUAUCGUCCAAAUCUACAAAAAUCAAACCAGAUAACUACAGAUUUGUUGACACAGGUCUUUAAAAAAAAAUCAAAUUUCAUUACUAUCAAAGAAGAAAAAACGAGUUAACUGGAACACA